AACAGCUUCCCUGACAGUCAAUAGAAAGGAAUGCCGAUGUAUUACAGGUCUGACAUGUUCGGCGAUUUCCGAACAACUAUAUAGUUUGUGAACUCGACGAUUUCCAGCCACUGCACGUAAGUAGUGACAUUUCUUUUCUUUCAUGGUCAGUCAACAAUGGUGAUUGCAGCGGGAAACAGUAUUGAUGAGGGUCGCCCGAUAGACGGCGCAUCCAGGUCGGCAGCAAACGACUGUGUACAUCGACAUCGAGAUUCGAAUCAAAGGGCCUCACGACUCGCGCGAAGUUAACUUAUUUCCACGCUAUCUCUCAACCACUGCUUCAAAAAAUCCGACCGGAAUUCCCGUUGCUGCAUAUGGAGCUUCACUAUUCAGUCAUCAAAUAGACGGAGUCCAUUCAUCACGUCCGUACAACCGAUAGGAGGCGAACCCUGGGUAAAAUAGAGCUUCCUUUGGCGAUUGGACAAUAACACUCGAGGUCUGAAUCAAGAACAUCCAACAUUAAUUGACUGGUCAUGCUGGGAAAACGCCGAGACAAAUUUCGAUCUCGGAUCUGACCUUGUACUCGGAUGAUGCAGGACUGAAAUCCGCCAACGCAACUUCGGGACUCUUGAACGCCGCGUUGAAAGUACUCUUCAAAUGAAUUGCAUUUGCGCCCCAGUUCGCACUUUAGAGCAAGAUGAGUUGUGUGGGACUCGUCUCGUUCUUUGAUCAAGAUGGAAUUCGAUACAUCGUUUGCCGGAGACCACGGAUGAAAAUAGAAUAAAAGACUGCCAUUUUCACGACCUACUACCCAGCAUCUCAGGCGACCCAGUCUCUGCGAGCCAGCUAAAUCCAGACAUCCCGGUUCGAAAUGAUCUUCAACAGGCUCUUCUCCUCUGUGCUUCUCGCCAUUCUGUAUGCCUCCUACAGCAAUGCCGCUGCUCGUCCUUCAGAUGCGACAUAUAGCACUCACUAUACGAGGGACAUCGGAAAUGGCGUCAAGCUUCAGAUUUUCCAUCCUCCCUCCAACUAUAACACUUACGGGGAGGGCCUUGACGUUCCUUCAUCAUUCUUCGAUGCUCCGAUUGAAGAGAAGACUGUUUCCUUUGUCUCGUCGAAGCUCAAUGUGGACUCGGGGAAAGUUUCAUUCAAGUCCGGGUACACCAGCGACAACGGCGAAUCGUUUGGCUACGCUCAACAAGUUCAUGACGGUGUUCCCAUUGCGAAUGCUGUGGCAAAUGUUGCAUUCAAAAAUAACAAGGUUGUAGCUUUUGGUCAAUCAUUCAUUGAUACCUCCAAAGCUGCGGAUUCCAAACCAUCGGUCGAUGUUUCCACCGUCAUCCCAAAGGUGGAACAAACUUUGCAAGGCAAAAAGAACGACAUCGAGCCGACUGUCAAGUAUCUCGCUCAGCAAGAUGGCUCUCUUGCUCUCGUGCAUGCAUUCCAAGUCGAGAACGACGAAGCCGGGACCUUCUAUGAAGCUUUUGCCGAUGCACACACUGGAGAAUUACUCUCUGUUACCGACUUUGUCGCCAAAGCCUCUUACCGUGUUGUCCCAAUCUUUAAACAGGACAUUACAGAGGGCCUUGAAUUGCUUACGAACCCCGCGCUCAUCUCCGCAUCACCUCAAGGAUGGCAUUAUGUGAGAGGCGUAAAUACCACUGAUACCUCCGGUAAUAACGUCAUCACCUAUAAGGGUACGACGACGGCUACUACCAAACAAUCCAGUAGUGGUCUUGUCUUCGACUACACGUACAACCCCAACGUAGCCCCGACCGCAGGAGCUAACCUCGAUGCUUCCCGCACAAACGCUUUCUACUUAAUCAAUGCCUACCACGAUACGUUGUACCAGUAUGGUUUCACGGAAAGCAAGUUUAACUUCCAGCUCGACAACCUUGGGAAGGGCGGUGUCGGGAAUGACCCAGUUUACGUCAGUGUUCAAGACGCUUCUGGAGUCAACAACGCCUUCUUUUCUACUCCUCCCGAGGGUCAACCUGGACAGUGCAGGAUGUACAUUUUCACACUUACGAAUCCGAACCGGGAUGGUGUCCUAUCAAACGAUAUCGUAGUUCACGAAAUGACCCAUGGUCUCAGCAACCGAUUGACUGGUGGUGGUACAGCCGCUUGCUUGCAGACUCUUGAGUCCAAAGGCUUGGGUGAAGGGUGGUCCGAUGCUGUUGCGGACUGGUUCGUCCACUCUGAUGCGCCUCAGGUGACCGACUUUGUGUUUACUCCUUGGCUAUUUAACAAUCCUCGGGGUGGUCGAUCACGGCCCUAUUCAACUUCCACAACGACCAACCCUUAUACAUAUUCCACUCUUCGUGGGCUGAAUGAAGAACACAAUAUUGGAGAGGUAAGCAGCUACUAUUUGCACAAACCCGCCCUCAAAACUCAUUCCCUUUUUUUAUAAUUUCGCCUUCACUAAUCAUAGGUCUGGGCAAACAUCCUCCAUAACGUGUAUGCUCAACUCGUAGGCGCACGCGGGUUCUCCACCACGGCUCGAACGAGUGCGAGUGGAACCCAAGGAAACACUGUCUAUAUGCAACUUCUCGUUGACUCCUUUUCUUUAUUACCUUGCAACCCCACUUUCAUACAUGCUCGUAACGGGUUCAUUCAAGCUGAUAUCAAUCGGUAUGGCGG